UAUGGUAAAAGAUCACAAGUUAAUCAUGUUAAAUAGUCAAUGAAGAAUUAGUGUUAUUUAUUUAUUUAUUUAUUUAUUUAUUUAUUUAUCAAUCAAUCAAUCAAUCAAUCAAUCAAUCAAUCACAUUAGUGUGCAGGGGCCUGUUGCACAAAAGUAGGAUUCAGACAUCCAGGAUAAAUGACUGAGCUGAGCUCAACCAACCCAAAACAAUAGCCAUCUAGGAUUAAUUGGUUGCACAUAGCCCAAACCAGGAUGAGUAGACACGAAUGAAUCAAGCCAGGUGAAACCAAUCCCCGAUCAGUAUGUGGCUUCCUUAAAUAGACCCCGCUAUCAGCGAUGAAAACUUGAAAAUUUUUCGACUUUCUGGGAUCACGUCGCAAGACGUGUGUCACAUGACACGUGCAAAGCACAAACUUUCACACGCGCGAUAAUCACCCUAUCGCGCAGGUUCCAUUGAAAAUGAAUGGAGUCGAGGCGAUGUCGCCGAUGUGGCACCCAUAAAAGAAAGUGCUUGCUCUGGUGCGCAUAAAUUAAUUACACAAAAAAAUGUAACAUAAUUAAUUACAUAAAUGAGUUACCGCCCUGAACGUGUUAUUUUUGACAGCGCUAAUAUAUACAGUGUGUAUGUACAGUGUGUGUGUGUGUAUAUAUAUAUAUAUAUAUAUAUAUAUAUAUAUAUACACACACACACACACACACACACACACAUAAUAUUUGUCCAUUUAACUGCAUUAUAAAUGUAUUUUAUGUAUGAUUUCAAUCAUUUUUAACAUUUUCUUUAGUUUAAAAAAAAAAAAAAAAAAAAGCUGAAUUUGUACAUUUCCUAAUCAGUUAUAUGGCAGGAACCUAAGAUGAUCUCUGCUUCGUGCACAAGCCCAGCCUACCGUCUUGAAUACACUCAGUUGGAUCAUGGCCAGCACUUGGCACUUUCUGUUUGUCAGCAUGUGGCCAAUAAUAUAAUUUUGUUGAACAUUUAUUAUACACUAUGACUUUCUACAGCCUGUAUAAUGUAUUUAAUGUAUGUGUGACAUCAUUAGUCUUGCUAAUCAACAAAAUAACAGAAAUGUCAUACAUGGAGGCGCUGCAGUACUCUUCUCAUCCUGAAAGAGUGGGGAUUAGCGUGAGCUGGAAGGCUCUUGUCACUGCCUUCCAUAGAGAGGAUAAGGCAGCGAGUUUUUUGUUUUGAUUUGUUUUUUUUUUACAGCAGCAGCACCAACUGGAGAGCAGCAAGUCAAAUGUGUUAAUUAUAUUAUAUGAUAUUUUUUUGACUGCCAAGUUGUAGGAUUGUAUUUCGCAGCUCACCAGAAGGUGAUCAGACUUUUACAACAAAGUAUCAGAACAUUUCCUGUAGACGGAUAGGGUUCUUUAUAUACAGAUAAAAGCGACCUAUAUUAACAUUUUUAAAAAUACUCAGUGCCUCACCAGCCAUGAACCUCACAGCACGUCACUGAAUACCACUGGAAUGUGUAUGGUAUUUAUCUUUGUUAAACAACAAUGGAAAAACACAACUAGAUAAAAAUGCAAGGGACUGAAUUCAUGGUGAGACUCCAGGACCAGCUCAAGUAUUUUGUCCACAACAAGCUCUCUACUGACAAGCUGUGGCAGAAUGUCAAAAUCUACCUGUCAGGUCAUGAGACCCCUGGGGAGGGAGAGCAUAAGAUCAUGGAGUUUAUACGCUCGGAAAUUGCAAAGCCAGGUCAUGAUCCCAACACCCGACACUGCUUAUAUGGCUUGGAUGCUGACCUGAUCAUGUUGGGUUUGACUAGCCAUGAGCCAAAUUUUUCUCUGCUCAGAGAAGAGGUGCGCUUUGGAGGAAAGAAAUCCCAGAAAAGGAUCACCGCUCCAGAGGAGACUACCUUUCAUUUGCUUCACUUGUCUCUGAUGAGGGAAUACAUUGACUACGAGUUUUCAGCGCUUAAGACUCCAAUGGGCUCAGAUUACGACUUGGAAGGAAUAAUAGAUGACUGGAUUCUGAUGAGCUUCCUUGUGGGGAACGACUUCAUCCCCCAUCUUCCACAUCUCCACAUCAGCCACGAUGCUCUGCCGUUGCUGUAUAAGACUUACAUCAGCGUGCUGCCCGGCCUUCGUGGUUAUCUGAACGAGAAUGGCCACCUUAACGUUGGAAACUUUGAGAAAUACUUGGAGAAACUUUCUGAGUUUGAUCGGGAACACUUCAGUGAGGUUUUCGUGGACUUGAAGUGGUUUGAGAGUAAAGUUGGUAACAAGUACCUGAAUGAAGCAGCUGGCCAAGCAGCAGAGAAGGAAGCUGCCAACAAACACAACAACAAGGAGGAGAAUGCUUCCAUCACUCUGGCAGCUCUGACCUCAUCAGAUAAGGUCUUAGGAAGUGGGAAAGGAGUUGUGGUAGAAGAUGAGGAGGAAGAAGAUGACAUAUUUGAAACAGAGUUCAGACAGUACAAGCGCACGUACUAUAUGACCAAGAUGGGGGUGGAUGUGGUGUCUGAUGAUUUUCUAGCCAAGCAGGCCAAAUGUUACGUGGAAGGUAUCCAGUGGAUUCUACACUACUAUUACCAUGGGGUUAAGUCCUGGAGCUGGUUUUACCCCUACCACUAUGCACCCUUCCUGUCAGACAUCAAAAAUAUAUCAGAGUUGAAGCUGAACUUUCAGCUUGGAAAACCCUUCAUGCCCUUCCAACAGCUGUUAGCAGUCUUGCCUGCUGCCAGUAUGGAGCUACUGCCUGAAUGUUACAGGCACCUGAUGACCAGUGAAUUGUCACCCAUUAUUGAAUAUUACCCAGUUGACUUCAAAACUGACCUCAAUGGCAAGCAGCAGGAGUGGGAGGCCAUUGUGCUCAUUCCCUUCAUCGAUGAGAGGCACCUGCUGGCAGCCAUGGAUACCUGCAAUCAUAAGUUAACAAAAGAAGAGAGGGACAGAAAUCAUCAUACAGAAUGUGCCGUCUACACGUAUGACCCAGAGAAAGACUUCACAUACGCCUCCACCCUGCCUCAGCUCUUCCCAAACAUCACCCACUGUCAUGCCAGUAAAGAAAACAUUCCAAUGGAUGCCUGGCACGUUCCACUAAACCACAUUGGCAAAAGUGUGGAUCGCUCAGCCCUAUAUUUCUGUGGCUUCCCCACGCUGCAUCACAUCAAACACAAGUUUAAUAUGAAGAAGAGUGGGGUGGUGGUGUUCCAGCAGAGUAGCAGAGGUGAGAACAUGAUGUUGGACAUCCUCCCUGGUGAGCAAAAAGAAAUGCUUUGCGAUCAUGUUGCUGAACAAGUACUGGGGAAGUCCGUGUUUGUCAACUGGCCACAUCUGGAGGAAGCUCGCAUCGUUGCUGUGUCAGAUGGAGAAACCAAGUUUUCUCUGCAUGAGCCACAAGGUGACCAAAGAGUCUACGACAGACCGUCCACACCUCCACCCAUCAAAGUCACUUUCCUCUCGGACAAGGAACAGCGGGAAUGGGAGAAAGAAGUCCAAGGAAUCACUGAACAUUUUCUGAAGAGGAAAGGCAUCAUAGUGAAUGAAACAGCAGUGGUUUUAUACGGACAGCUGCUAACAGGAAGGAAAUACAUCCCUAAAGCCAGCGGUGUGGUGGAGCUGGAGAAACAGUGGGCAAAACAGGUCAUUCCUUUUGCCUACCAGACUGUGGUCAAGGACAUCAAGGCCUUCUAUUCAUCUUUGACCAGCUUUAAGAGCUUGGAAGACCUCUUUCCUCCUCAAAGUACUGUAUUCAUGGUGGGGAACCCCUACUAUGCUGCCGUGGGAGAGGUGCAAGAUUCCAGUGAUGUCAUCAAAGAUGGCCGUGUACGUGUGGUUUUCAACGUGCCACAUGAGCCCCAACUAGAAGUCUUAAUCCAGAACCAGAAUAAAUAUUGUGUGAAGUACAGCCCUGGAUAUGUUGUGGCAUCCCGUCUUGGCAUGACGAGCUACCUUGUGUCCCGCUUUUCUGGAAGCAUCUUCAUUGGCAGAGGUUCUAAAAAGAACCCCUGUGGGGAGCAAAAAGCAAAUGUUGGCCUCAACCUGAAGUUCAACAAGAAAAAUGAGGAGGUUCCCGGAUACACAAAGAGAACUGAGAAGGAAUGGCUCUACUCUGCUGCCGUGGAGGACCUUUUGGCUGAAUACUUGGACAGAUUUUCAGAGGUGUUUGACACAGUUUCCAGAAACUCUCAUGACGACAUCUUCUAUGAAGACGACAUCUGGCCCGGAGAGGACCAGAAUGGGGCCGAAAAGGUAGCUGAAAUCACUGCAUGGUUGAAAAGUCACCCUGUCAGCUCCAUCAGCAGGGCAUCAUGUGACUUGCAAGUGCUGGACACUGCUAUCGUGGAGAAAAUUGAGGAGGCUGUGGAGAAAUCCAAGGUGAAGAAGGGUAUCAAGAAAGUUCGUGUCACUGUCAAGCCACAUCUCCUCUUUAGGCCUUUGGAGCAGCAACAAGGGGUGGUCCCAGACCCUGAUGCAGAGUAUCGCCUGUUUGACCGAGUCAUCAAUGUCAGGGAGAGCUUCACUGUCCCGCUGGGUCUCAGAGGAACCAUCAUUGGCAUUAAAGGAGCGGAGCGCGAGGAUGAGGUUCUCUAUGAAGUACUGUUUGAUGAAGAAUUUGCUGGAGGCCUUAACAUCAGGUGCACAUCACCUCGUUGUUACCGCCUCCCGCCAUGUGCUCUGAUCAACCUCUCCCACGGUGGCCGAAUGGAUCCCACGUCCCACAAACUGACCGCCAUUGUCAAACCUCAGCCCGCCGCUGCCGCCAACUUCAACUCACACCAUCACCUGGGCAACCUCAACCACUCACCGCGGUCACCCUUUAUAGCUACACAACAUAACAGACACAGUGGGGUCAAAGGCAACAGCUCUACGUCCAAGGCACCCUUCCAGAAACAACAGACCAAGAGUAAAGAGGCGUACACAAAUGUGUGGCAGUCUCUGCAGAAGUCUGCCCCUCCUCAUCAACCUCCUGCUCACUGGCAAAAUAAUGCCUCCAUUACUCCCAUCAGAUUGUUGAAGAAAAAUGAAGAUGCCAUCUCCCUUUUACCUCAGCAGAACACAGUCAACAAGAUACACAGUUCUAAAACAUCAGCGGAGUUUGAGGACCUCAUAGCCAGCUUAAAGAUCUCGAAGGAGAGGCAGGAGACUCCAAACCUUCCGUCUACCCCUGCACAAACUUCUACCACUCAAUCAGAUGGGCCAUUGUCUCCACAGUCCUUUGCCAUGAAGGGCACUAGGGUGUUGAAGGAGAUGCUGAAGAUUGACAGCACUGGAUCAGGAAGCACUUGCCCUCAAGAGGCAGGCACACUCUGCGAAGGCCAGAAGCAAAACAUAAGGAGAAAGUCUAAAAAACUAGCGGCAAUGAUGAACAUUCCCCAUGGAGAUCCAGCUGAAUCAUCUCCUCAUGUGCCUGUCACCUCCGUAAACCAGCCCAACACUCUCAUGGCCAGUAAAGUCUCAGAGCUGGCCUGUGUGUGUGUCGCUUUAGACAUGGCGCCACCAGAGUUCAGCUUUAUGCGCAACAGACAGGGUGUGGUGUUGUGUCAAGUCAAGCUGUCCAACGGUUUGAUUGUUCACGGCCCGCAGUGUCAAUCAGAAAACGACGCCAAGGAAAAAGCUGCCUUCUUUGCUGUACAAAGACUGAAUUCACUGGGGUCAGGCUUCCCUCUUCAAACGCCUCAGUACCGUGGAGUUGGACACAUGCAAGCUCCGCCCAUCAGAGCAAUGCCUCCUGUCUUCAACCAGCCAGGUGGCUUGCUGAUGCCCCCACAGGGUUGUGGUCCUGCCCCGCUGUGGGGAAUGCCUCUUCCUCCCCACCUCCACCACCAGAACCAAGCCUUCUACGGAGCAGCAGGAGUGUUUCCUGUGCGGCCACAGCCUGUGACCACACUGCCCGUUGGCUCACACAACCAGUUUAUCCCCUUACAGGUGACCAAGAAGCGUGUGUUGGCCAACAAGAAGAAGCAGGACACACAAGAGUUUUACAGCGCCGCUCAGACCGUGGCCAAGAACCAAAGAGCCCAGGACACGCCCUCUGGCCAAUCACAAGCUCACAACAUCAGAGAGAACGAACCAACUUCUAAGUCCACGCCGGAGCCCCAUACGCCCCCCCGGCAAAACAAACCGGCAGCAGCAGGCCACACCCCUGGCUCCACCUCCAAAAGGAAACACAGAAAGCUGGCCGUCACCUUUGAGUCGGGUAAAGUCUCCGAGCAGUGAGCUCCUGAAGCAUCGCUUCUGCUGCAUAUUGCAGUUUUACACUGCCUCAGUAGAUGGUAUUGCAGUAUUACUACUACAGUAUGUCAAAAUCAUUGAUUUCAACAACACAACUUUGGAUUGGUGAUAACUUCAAUGUCUACUUCAGCAGGAGUGUCCUGACUUUUACCACAUACAGAAAAAUACUUAAAUUCACUAUAAUUUGUAUCACAUACACUAAAAGCACUCCUGUGUAGGUGAAGAUAUGCUGAAUAUAUUUUAGUUAUUACUAGUGAUAUUUUCUUCAGCCAAUAUUUCAACUUUUUCUCUUCUCAGUGUAAUCGUAAUCUCCAUUUUAUGUGUCAAAUAUUCCCUGCCGAGCAAUAAAAAACUAGUGGUGUGCUACAAACGGCCUCCCAGCCACACUUUGGACACCCGUGCUUGAACGUGUCAGCUUGUUGGAAAAGAAGGCUGUAAAUUUAAUGAUGCAUCCUCCUUGCCAAUGCUUCAAACUUCAUUAUUAACUUUUAUAUUCAACAGUAUAAAUCAUUUAUAAUAUAUUUAUUUAAUCAUAAAAUUUACAGUCCAAGCGCGCUGCCCUUUCAAGGUGCGUUGAAUAUUGGCUAUAUCGGGGGUGUCCAAAGUCAUUUUGCAGCCUGCAGCUCAAUUUUUAUUGGCCUUGGAAACAUUGUAAAAAUAAAAUUAAACAACAUUUGGGGAGAAAAAAGAAAAAACAACUUUUUUUUUUUUUUUUUUUUUUUUUUUU